CAUCACGAAUGUAGAAGAGUAGGAGUAAGAACAUGGCGUCAAUGUGCGCGCGCGCGCGCGAGUGUAUGUGUACGAUAGGGUGAAUGUCACUUUGUGGCCACUUGCUUCCUUAUCAUUCGACAAAGAACGCUUAUUAUUCUUGGUGAUUUUAUUAUUAGCCGCGUCUCGUGCUGAGUUAAUAACGUAGCGUUAUAGUGUAGUGAAGACUGGCUUCUACGUCUUCUAUUCUGACAUGCGGCUCACGAUCACCGAUCGUCUUUUUGAGUUUCGAUGCGCUACUAUAAAAUAUCUCAUGCUGAGAAAAUACAAGUUAUAAAUUUACUUUUCUGUGAAUUAAAACAAAAGAAGUCAGAAUGAAUAAAUGUCCGGCUCAAGAUCAACAAGAAAAGGUAAAUGAGUUAGAAGUGAACAAUGAUGCUAAAGACAUUCAAGAGAAGAUGAAGAAAGUGGAGGUGAAGUCUUCGUCGUCUGUUAGUUCUUUGGCGAAGAAUGCUGUACUGUUACCUAGUGGAAUUGCUCGAGUAAAGCAAUUUCAGGAAGCGAGAGCAGUUAGUCAAACGAGACCAUCGUCAUCAGGCUCUGCUACUGGAGGAUGGUUAAAGAUUUGCGGACUGUGACGUUUCGAUGAGAAAAUGCCACGAUGCUGCGGCGCGUCUUUGGUUUCCGUCAUGGACGGCGACGGGUCUCCGCAGAGUCUUGGUUUGCAGAUUCAGGACGGCAAUCCCCGAAAUAAAACCGCGCUAGCACCCGGCCACAGUUUGAUGGACUGGAUCCGAUUGGGCAAUUCUGGAGUCGAUCUAACCGGCGUUGGUGGUGUUCCACGGAUCGUAACAUUAUCCGAGUUGGCCAGUCAUAAUAAGCAAAACGAUGCUUGGAUCGCGAUUCGAGGAAUCGUGUUCAACGUGACACGUUACAUGGAUUUCCAUCCAGGAGGGAUAAGCGAGUUGAUGAGAGGGGUCGGCAAAGAUGCGACCAAACUGUUCGAAAGCGUGCACGCUUGGGUCAACUAUCAGAGUAUCCUUCAGAAAUGCGUGGUGGGAAGGCUGAGCCGUGGCUCGAUCACCGGUUCCUCCUCGUCCUCGAUGGAAAACCCUGCCUCGGCCACCACCAAUUGUUCAUCGACCGCGCAGAACCUGAUAACAACAAGUUGCACGACUCAUAGCACCAGUCAAGAAAACGUGUCAGACGGUGACUUGUCGAAUAUAAAAAUGGAUUGGAGGCAGACAUCCAACACGAUCACGUUAUUUUACCAAACUGUUCGAGAUUAUCCUGGUGUGAGCUAUCAAUUAAGCAGGAUAAGCGACUCGAAGUUGAUAUUCAAAUUAUUUUUCGAGAAAGACAUAAUAACGCAUCAGCUGGAACUGAUAGCGGAAAUAAAAUGGCCGCCGAUGUGGACCAGAAAUUUUGACACGAUGGAGAUCGAUUUUACAUUUACGAAGCAGAAGAAAGAGAUAUGGAAAUCUCAAGGCAGUCAAACGAUAUCCAGGGAGACAAAUACGAAUAGUCGAAUUUACAAGGAAUACGAAGUUGUUACGAAUAAACCCCUUUCCAAAUUAGUUCACCUAUUAGUCGUUCGAGCGAAAAACUUUUUGCAAGUGGUGCCCAUUGGCAGACACGUAGAAGCCAAGAUGAACGUCAUGGGGAUGGAAGUAUCACGAUCGUACACGCCUGUCCCACCGUGCCUUCACCCUGACGACACAGUGCCGAAUUACAAAUCCGAUUGUCUGUGUUUAAUGAUCAAAAGAUAUCCCCAAGGUGCUCUCAGUCCGUCCAUAACCGCUCUUCAGAUUGGCCAAACCUUCCUCUUGAGCAAUGCUUUAGGUGCCUUUGUAAUAGAAUCCUUCGAUCGUUAUUCUGUCAUUCACAUGCUCGCGGGUGGCACCGGUUUGACAGCGAUGCUUGGCAUCAUUCAACGAGCUUUGGCCAGACGCAGCGUGAAGACUAUAAACUUACUUAACUUCAAUAAAAAUGAAGAUAGCAUGUUUUACGUGGCGGAGUUAGAAAAGGCUAGUGCAGAUAAAAAAUUAAAAGUCACACAUAUCCUUUCACAAGCUGAUAGCACAUGGGCGGGUAGACGUGGCACGAUAUCAGAUGAUUUAUUAAAGGAAUUAGUCGCAGAAACUUCCCCUGAUGCGUGUGUUUUCACCUGUGGACCUCCAGGAUUCAUACAAUCCGCGAAAAAAUCUCUUCAAAAACUUGACUGGAAACCCUAUCAAAUGUACGAAUUUGACGAUUAAGUGCACUCAUCGAGAAUAUAUCUAUAUCUCUUUUGAUACCAAAUAUGAUGAUGGAAACAUUGGUAUUUCUUUGAGAAAAAUAAUUAUCGUAUCGUGUUGUCGAAUUUUUAAAAAGAAUCUUUUGGAUACUUUUACUCCUAUUUCCGCCCACAGCCUCAAUAUCGUGCAUAACUGGAUGUCUUCCUUUUGUGUCAUUUCUUCGAUUUAAUUUCGUCAAGUUCUUUCGCAAAAGAUUGUGUCAAAUGCGCACGAGAGACAAAUUUCUAUUUAAUGCAAAUGCUCACUCUUUGUAUUAUAUCUGCAAAAUUCAAAAAAAAGAGAAAAACGAGAAAAAUAUAUAAGAAAAAAAAAAAAA